GAUUGGAUGGGAAAUGAGGUCAAGCAAUCGGACAGACAAUGCCCAACUUGGAGGAUCAAUUCUAUUGCUGCAGCGCAAUCCAAUUCUCUGGGGUUGCUCGGCACGGUAAGAGACUUUGGAUCAGAUCGAGGGUUGCCCCCAUCCGUUUUCGUCUCUUGAAGCUAAUCCACACCUGUCGCCGUUGGGUGGACCCAUCCGGCGUCGACAUGGUUCCCAUCACAUUGAAACUCUACGACCAAACAGUAACUUUCCCCGGAGACGAAUUCCGACUAGGCCCCAGCGACAUUAGUUACGGCGAAUCGAGUUGGGUCACCGAAAGACGGUUUCAAGUCCCUGUCUCUAAUUUCCAGAGAGCAGCUUAUGCAAGGAUCAUUACUGGUUAUCUUAAGACCUUGCGAGUCCCUGAAGAUAACCACGCAGCUUUUAUUCAGGAAAUAUUCCGCGUGAUUCUCCGGGCCGUCCCUGGAAUUCCCAUUAGUGUGAGGAUAGUGCGUUUCACUCGUCAAGUAGCCCCAAAAGGUUUCACAUCGUAUAUCAAGGGGUUGGAGGAAGUGAGGGUUCAUAGUUUGGAGGAAGCCAGUACUGAAAACACACCCUGUGCUAUUUGUACGGAGGACCUUGAUCCCUUUCGAGGAGAGAUUGAUAAUGAUGAUGAUGAGCAGAUUAUUCGCUUGCCCUGCUUGCACCUUUAUCACCGAGAUUGCAUUGUCCCCUGGCUGAAGAGGUGUCUGGUGUGUCCCCUGUGUCGACACUCCAUGUCUCUAGUGAAAGUGAAAAGGACCUCAACCAGGCGGUGUUGGCCUUCGCUGUUCAACAUUUCUUCUGGCGGUGUAAUAACUGCUAUGAGGAUACUCACAAGCCAUGCGCUGCCGCCUGUGCUGUAUAUGUAUUUUAUGAAGCGUCGUCUUUCUCACUUGAAGUGAUACCUGAAGCUCUGGUUGAUAUGUUGUGUAGAAUUACGAGCUUGUUUAUGCAAAUAUGUAGCAUUGGUCCAAGACAUUUGUGUAACGCUAUGGUAUUUCUGUAACGGUCUAUAGCAUGAAUGGCUUGUGACAU